AUGCAGACAAGACAAGUGAGUUAUAGUAACAACGAUGAUAAUAAUGAUGAUGGUGGUGGUGGUUUUAGAAAUACAAAACCAGUGAAUAAGAAAAAUUUGACGGCUGUAAAGAAGACAAAUCAAAGUGUAACUGAGGCUAUACGCAUAAAAAUAGUUACCAGGUUAUGUGAAUAUUGUGUUACAGGGAACGUGUCUAGGUUAUAA